GCGCGCGCCGGCGGGGCCGCGCGGGGAGAAAGACACUGGAAGGCAGCCGGGCGGGGAGCAGCGCGCGCGGGCCGCGGCUGAGCAGGCGGCUGCGAGGAGAGCCCGCGGGGGCCUGGGGGUGCAAUUCCUCCACCCCCGCAAAACAAUGUGUGGCGUGCUGCAGGGCGCAACUUGCCGGAGGCGGCGGGGGCGCGCCGAGCCCGCCUGAGACCGCGCCGCUGACCUUCUCCCCCCGCCGUCCGUUGGGCCGGUGCGCCCAGCUCCUAGCUCCCCAGCUCGCGGGGGCCGGGCCGAGCUGCGGGGCGGGGCCGCCCCUCCAUCGCUGCUGCCUCCUCCCCCACCCCCAGCCGCGGAGGAUGCGGACGGCCCCCGGCGGCGUCUAGCGGCCCCGGGCCCAGGCGCGAUGGUGCAGCAGCGGGGCGCGAGGGCCAAGCGGGACGGCGGGCCGCCGCCCCCGGGGCCCGGGCCGGCCGAGGAGGGGGCGCGUGAGCCCGGCUGGUGCAAGACCCCGAGCGGCCACAUUAAGAGACCAAUGAACGCGUUCAUGGUGUGGUCGCAGCACGAACGGCGGAAGAUCAUGGACCAGUGGCCCGACAUGCACAACGCCGAGAUCUCCAAGCGCCUUGGCCGCCGCUGGCAGCUGCUGCAGGACUCGGAGAAGAUCCCGUUCGUGCGGGAGGCGGAGCGGCUGCGCCUCAAGCACAUGGCGGAUUACCCGGACUACAAGUACCGGCCGCGCAAAAAGAGCAAGGGGGCGCCCGCCAAGGCGCGGCCCCGCCCCCCCGGCGGCGGUGGCGGCAGCCGGCUCAAGCCCGGGCCGCAGCUGCCUGGCCGCGGGGGCCGCCGAGCGGCAGGAGGGCCGUUGGGGGGCGGCGCGGCGGCGCCCGAAGACGACGAGGACGACGACGAGGAGCUGCUGGAAGUGCGCCUGGUCGAGACCCCCGGGCGGGAGCUGUGGAGGAUGGUCCCGGCAGGGCGGGCCGCCCGGGGACCCGCGGAGCGUGCCCAAGGGCCGUCGGGCGAGGGGGCGGCUGUCACAGCCGCCUCCCCGACUCCGUCGGAGGACGAGGAGCCGGAGGAAGAGGAGGAGGAGGCGGCAGCAGCGGAGGAAGGCGAAGAGGAGACGGUGGCGUCGGGGGAGGAGCCGCUGGGCUUUCUAUCCAGACUGCCCCCCGGCCCCGCCGGCCUGGACUGCAGCGCCCUGGACCGCGACCCGGACCUGCCGCCCCCCUCGGGCACGUCGCACUUCGAGUUCCCGGACUACUGCACCCCCGAGGUUACCGAGAUGAUCGCAGGGGACUGGCGCCCGUCUAGCAUCGCCGACUUGGUUUUCACCUACUGAGCCCACCGUCAGCGGGGCGCGCACGCCCCCAAACCAGCUGUUUACAUACAGGAAUCAGGUAUUGGGGCCCCUCGGAGGCCGAGGCUGGCACCCCAUUUCCCGCACAGCCUCCCCCCUCCUAGACGUGCCCAUCCCCCCUCAAAUCCAGACAUGCCCCUCCCCCCGCAGACACACCCCAAGGCAGCCCAACCCCCACCCUUUCCCCGACAUCCAAGCCCCUCCCCAUCUUGCCCUCUCCCUCGCAACCACCAGCAGCCGCCCCCCCAUACACCUCGUAUCCUCCCCUAGAGACCUGUACCCCUCCCCCACGUUGCAUAUGCCCCUCCUCAAGGCCGGAGGACACGCCCCUGCCCUUGCUCCGGACUCCCUCCGCGGUCGCCUAGCCCGCCUCCUGUCUUGUUAGGGGGGGCGCUGCAGCUCGGCCGCCCGGCGCCCUCCUCCCUUACCCCCCCGCCCCGUCCCAGGGAGGGGGAGGGGCACACGCCUUUCCCCUCCGGGAGCGCUGGGGCCCGCCCCCUUCUCGCGCAUGCCUAAUACUUCUUGGGAGGAGGGGGCUGGUCCCUGUCGAACUGCACGGCUCUGUCAGCGGCUCCGGGAGGAAGGGGGGGCGGAUAUAGAGCGAUCCUGAUGAGAAACCUUUAGAUCCAGGAGCCACGGCUUCCGUUCAACCCGACGGGGCGUCACUGCCUUAAAUGGGAGGAGCACUCGGAAGGGGGAGAAAGACCAGCCGGCCCUGAAGGGUUGGUUUGGGGCUUGGAACUCUCCCAAGUGGCACGGCCCCUUUUCCCUUACGGGGUCGCCGAGACCCACGUGCACCCCCCCCCCACUACACACACGGACUGCCUGACUGCUUCUACAGCCUAAACUGGUUCUCAGAAACCUCCCUUUCCCCCACUGGGAAGUGGGGGCAGGGUCUGUCUUUGAAAAUGCUUCAGGAGAGAAAACUAAGAACAAAGACACGUAGCAGUUGUUUGGGGACCGGGCCUUUCUACUCCCAGCCCUCCCCAGUUGUCCUAUCACCUCAGGGCACCCUCCCAUCCUGGGCUCCUUCCUAAGCCCACCGCUCCUUCCUAUCAUCAAGGUCCCUCUGCCUCCAGUGAUAGUAUUCAGUGGAAGAAACUGAGACACGUUGGUACUAGGGGGGUGAGACUGAGGCGUGGUGGCAGACGAAGUGGCCAGAAGAGCCCCACUUGUCAGCAGCUGAGAGAGACCAUCAGCUGAGCUAGUGAGACUGAGGGGAGGGUCAGCGUAGUGGUGGGCCUUUUGCGCCCAGCGCUGCUGCAGGAGGAAGCUGUGUCCAGUUCGGUGUGCCCUCGGGAACCGUGCCCCUCACGCCGUUACCCCCUCUUACCCCCACUCCCGGCUCAAGCCCCGCCCCUCCGGCCUCCCCACGCCCCCUUUGCCCUCACUACCUGUAUCUCACCGGCGUGUGUUCACCCUCUCCGGGUGUGCACACACUCUCAUUCACACACACACACAGAUCUCAGGAACAAACGGUCCCAGAGUCCUCCGGGACCCCUGCCCAGGGUCUCUGCAGGUCUCUGCCCCACGCGUUCCCGUCGCUGACAAAGCCACCAGCUGCCUCCUUUAAGCUUGGUGCUCCGGCUCUGGGCCUUUUCGCGCGCGCGCUUUUUUUCUCUCUCUCUUUCUCUCUCUCUCUCUUUUUUUUUUUUUUAAGAAAAACAACAACAAAAAAAAGACAAUGAAAAACCCCAGAAAACGUCAUGUGAGUGAAGAGAUGUCACUGUCUGUGGUCUUGGAGAACUAGUCUCGUAGCUGAGGGGAGGGCUCCCUCUGGUCUGGGGCACUGGCACCCACAGCAGGACUUCUGCCAGGACUGAAUAAAGUGUAUUUGCCCCAUCUC